AUGCCCGUCCUGUGGCCGAUCUUCACUUUGGCCUCUGUCUUCUAUUCCGAUUUUUACUGCCUGGUGGGCGCGCCGGUUGGAGGCACAACUACCUUGUACUGGAUCACGGUUCCUGAAAAUGAGCACGUGGCGCAUGCUCUGGACCGUUUGGACGUGACUUUGCCAGCGCUGCGUAUAAUUACCACUGCAUCUUUCCCGGUGGCCCGGCAAUCACCGACGUACUGGGUACCCUAA